UACCCAAUAAUUUAAUUACUACUGGUACUAUUUUAGAAUGGAGGGGUAAUGGGUAUAGAAUUUUUUAUAAUAUAGAAAGUCAGAUUGUCUGACAUGUCAGACCAGCUCCUCCCAAUUUAGCGUCGGGUUUCAGAUUAGGCUUUCAUUUCUUUUAACCAGCUGUGUGAAAGAAAAUUCGCAAAGUUUUACUUUGCAUUACAAAAUCUCUGAAUCUUGAAUUUAUAAAUUGUUGAAAAUUGGUGAAGGAUGAUGAGCGAAGAAGGUCGCAAAGAAGCCAUGGAGAGUCUAUCUCUUGACGAUGAUGAAGAUGAUAACAACUUGACCUCCUCCAAAUCCUACUCUAAGUACCGCAGUGCCAUGACUUCCCUUUCUGAUUCUCGCCAUCCUCUUUCCCCGUCGAUCGUCGCUACACCUGCCGAUUCUGAUCGCUUAUCAGCUCCUGACUCCCCUCAAACUUCUUCUAUUCAACCACCUUCUUAUGCCGACAUCGUCUUCAGCCCUCUUAAUGUUGAAGAACUUAACGGCAUCCAAAACCCUGACGAAGACUCAAGUAAAUCGCCAAUGCCCGCCGAUACAUCUCCCCCUUUGAACUUGGAGUAUUUGAAUAUCACUGUUUCGGAUCCACAGAAGGAAAUGGAAUCAUCGGCGUCGUCAAUUGUUCCCGGCAGUAAUACCUACGUAACCUAUUUAAUCACCACAAAGACCAAUUUACCCGAUUAUGGAGGAUCCGAUUUCAGCGCUCGGAGACGGUUCAAAGACGUAGUUAUUUUAUCGGACCGAUUGACCGAAGGUUAUAGAGGGUAUUUUAUUCCUCCGAGGCCGGAUAAAAGUGUGGUGGAGAGUCAGGUGAUGCAAAAACAGGAGUUUGUGGAGCAAAGAAGAUUGGCAUUGGAGAAGUACUUGCAGAAGCUUGCAUCACAUCCAGUGAUUAAGAAGAGUGAUGAAUUAAGAGUCUUUUUGCAAGUGGAUGGUAAGCUUCCCUUGCCAACUACUACUGAUGUGGCAUCUAGGGUUUUGGAUGGAGCAGUGAAGUUGCCAAAGCAAUUGUUUGGGGACUCGCCAAAUGUGAUUGGGCCACAGGAUGUUGUGCAGCCCGCUAAAGGUGGUAAGGAUUUGCUGAGGUUGUUCAAAGAAUUGAAGCAGUCUGUUGCCAAUGAUUGGGGUGGGUCCAAGUCACCUGUCGAAGAGGAGGAUAAGGAUUUCCUGGAGAAUAAACAAAGGUUGCACAAUCUUGAGCUGCAACUAAGUACUGCUUCAAAGCAGGCUGAAUCACUUGUUAAAACUCAGCAAGAUAUGGGGGAUACGAUUGGAGAACUUGGGUUAGCAUUUAUUAAGUUGUCGAAGUUCGAGAAUGAACGAGCUACUGUGAAUACUCAGAGAGAACGGACUGCUGAUAUGAGAAGCGUGGCUGCUGCAGCUGUUAAGGCCAGCAGAUUGUAUCGGGAUUUAAAUUCACAGACGGUGAAGCAUUUGGAUAUUCUACAUGAACACCUGAGUCUAAUGUUGGGUAUACACCAUGCCUUUUCAGACCGAUCAAGUGCUUUAUUGACAGUGCAGACUCUCAUUUCAGAAUUGUCUUCCUUAAAUUCAAGAGCAGAGAAACUUGAAACAACAACCUCUAAGAUAUUUGGAGGUGAUAAAUCAAGGGUUCGAAAGUUGGAAGAGUUAAAAGAUGCCAUUAGGGUCACUGAAGAUGCCAAAAACUGUUCCAUCAGAGAAUAUGAGCGCAUUAAGGAAAACAAUCAAAGUGAGAUACAUAGAAUAAAUAGAGAAAGGUGUGUUGACUUUGUGAACAUGCUGAAAGGAUUCGUAACUAAUCAGGUGGCUUAUACAGAGAGAAUUGGACAAGAGUGGUCAAAAGUUGCAGAGAAGACGAGUCGUUAUUCAAGAGAGAGCGCAUAAAAUGUAUGCUGUAAAAUCAGAUAUUAUUUUUUCCUUAAUUUCCCACUCUUAUGAGUGUUAUCUCACUUUAAAAAAAUUAUUUUCUUGGUUCUAAAUAGAAGGUUUCCAUUCAAAGUACUGUAUGAACUGUGAACUGACUCGCAUGAAUUCGGACUGCAGUAGUGGUCAAAUUGAGGGGCUAGUUUAAUUGUAAUUCCAUGUCAGCACCAAAAUAAAAUGGAUAGUGCACAGAGCUUCCUUGCAGCUACCCUACUUGACCUGUGCCUGUUUUAACACAUUGAUGAUCGAAGAAGUAGGCUGCUGAAACCGGAGCUUGAGCAUGUUGUCUCUUCAAAUAUUGAAGUUGUCCAUUCUUUCCAACCUGAAGUAAGUUGUAUCCAGAGUGCAAACCCAAUUCAUAAUGGGAUGCCACUAUAAUGCUGGUAGCCUGAGUUAGCUUUAUGUAAGAAAACAGUUUACCAUAAACAAAAUCACGUUUUGUACC